AUGGCGCUCGCCCGCUUCGCUGCGCUAAGGCGGCGCCGGGUGCCGGCCUCGCUUGCCGGGCUCGGGCCUGGGCGACCGCAACUGCGCGCCGCGAGCUCGGCCGUGCUGGCUGGCCACGACGGCGCGACGUACGCCGACAACGACGCCGACGCGCCCAGGAGGCAGAAGAUGCCGCUUGGGAGCCCGCGGCGCGACGUGGCCGCGCCGAAGGGCGAGCCGUCGUUCUUCAGCCAGCGGUACGAGCCGCGUUUGCGUCCAUCGCCAACAGCACCUCGAGCUCCGCCCACCGCAGUCGACUCGACCCCGACCCCAGCAUCACCAGCACAACCACCAAUACGCACCGCACAGAUCCAGACCCAGACCCCAUCCUCAUCCCCGCCCCCAUCACACCCGCCGACCAUCCCCCGCUGGGCGGCAGACCCAGCCCCAACGCACACCUCCAUCGUCCACGCGCACCUCGCCCACGGCUCCCCGCGCACGCCGCGCGAGCUGGUCGCGUAUCUUGCCGAGCGGCGCCAUCUGAUCACGCAGGAGGCCGUGGCGGCCCUCGACGCCUUCGCGGCCCGCGAGAACGACUACCAGGCUCGCCUGGACGCGCGGGCGCUGCUCGCGCGCGAGCGGCUGCCUCCUCUGCCUGACGCUCUUAGGCGCAAGGCUGGCCUGAACACGCCAAAGCCGCUCGACGGCGAGGCUAACAUUGCCCUUCGGUACCGAUACCCCCCGGUCGCGCUCCAAGGUUACGCGGUCGAGGUCACACCGGCUGCGUUCCUCUGCGAUAUCCACUUCCGCCUGCUCGCCAAAACGCAGACUCCUUACGGCGACGCUGUUGAGGCCCUCCGCUCGCUCCGCAGCCCCGUCACCGACCAAGUCGCGCUUCUCGACCUCUAUCUCGGAUACAGCGACGACCCAGUCCCGCUCCUCGACGCCUUUGAUGCGGCAUUCCCUAGCACGCCGACCAGCCGCGAGACUCGGCACCGUGCGUUGCUUUCGCUCCUCCGCACCAAGCCAACGCACGACGCGCUCGCCGCGCUCGUGCAGCGCUUCAGCGCCGGAGGCAAGCUGCCAGGCGCAGAGACGUGGCGCCAUAUCGGGCGGUACGCGCUCGAUGCCGACGACGCCGCGGUCGCCGAGUGGGCGUUCCGCGGCGCGCUCGACGAGUUUGCGCGCGUGCGGCUCGAGCGCUUGCGCCAGGACACGAAGCCGCUCCCCGCCAUGCCGGCGCUGCUCGACACGCCAAAGUACGCCGUGCCCACCACGCUGCAGGACGUGCAGCCGCGCUUCGCGCACUCGGGCCGCCACGUCACGCGUUUCGAGUGGCUCAUGCAGGCAUACCGCGACAAGGGCUGGGUCGAGCGCGGCGAGCCGCUGCCCGUCGAGGCCGACCAGCCGGACAGCGAGCACUUUUCCCCGCUCCCCCGGCCGCUGGCGCGGUGGACUUGGGUGGGUCGCGCAGGCGAAGACGGCGCCGAGGCGCGGCGCGACGCCCGCUGGGCCGAGCUCGCCGCCACGCGCGACCUCCAGCUCGCGAUCGCCGAGGCCAUCGCCCGCGGCACGUUCACCGACAUCUCCGAGCUCAGCGUCACGCGCGUCCUGACGGACGACGACGGCCGCCCCCUGCACGACCCCCGCACCGGCGCACUAGAGUUCAAGCGCCAGCUCAAGCUCAUCAAGGCUGCCGCGGCGCACUCGCGGCCGUGGGCCCUUGACGUGCGUGCCGGAGCGGCGCGCGACGCAGACACCAAGCGGCCCACCUCGGCUAUCGCGAAGAAGAGGAGGUGGAAGGCCGCCAAGGCGGGCACUGCUGCGCGCGACCUGCCGCCCCACAUGGGCGAGCUCGACACUGAAGCCGACGCCGAUGCUGGCGCCGAAGAAGAAGACUAG